AUGGGAGCCUCCAACCCGGAAAACCUGGCGUCAGGGCCAGAUGAGAAGUCUCCUAUCGAGAGGAAGACUGUCGAGAACGUAGCUCCCGAGGAGCCCUCAUUCGAACGAGCCCCGACACUACCCCCAAGACCUGUAUCGAUCCAGUCCAAGAACGAAGACCUCGACGAGAAAGCCCUGGAGGCUGGAUACGACGAGAAGCUGCCUCAACCGAACAACGGCUUCACCAUACAUCGCAAGCCUGUUUCCAACAAAACCCCUCCUCAGUCGAUCAAGAUCGACAAGUCGCAACCCGAGGACUUUGAGGGCGAGGUAGCCACCACAAACGAGCUACCUCCCCCCGAACUCCUCAAAAAGAUCGAAGACUACAUCGUUCUAGACCGCCAUGGAAAAUCGCAUCCCUUCUCGAGCCUAUACACGGGCAGCAAUGUAGCCCGACGUGUGCUCAUCAUCUUUGUCCGGCACUUCUUCUGCGGCAACUGCCAAGAAUUUCUUCGGUCUUUGUCUGACGCCGUAACUCCCGAAGCUCUCCUCCGACUCCCCGUCAGCACCUUUAUCGCAGUGAUUGGCUGUGGUGAUCCCGCCCUCAUCGACAUGUACGUGAACGAGACAAACUGCCGAUUCCCCGUCUAUACGGACCCGACGAGGUCUCUCUUCCAUGCCUUGGGCAUGACCAAGACGCUUCAGAUGGGUGCGAAACCUGCAUACAUGCGCAAGAGCAUGACACGGAGCAUUGUGGAUAGUAUUGUUCAGGGUGUUAAGCAGCUACCUACUGGAAAUGUUCUCAAGAUGGGCGACCAGCGCCAGGUUGGCGGCGAAUUCCUCUUUGAGCCGCGCAAUAUCCUCACACCAGUUACAACACCACGCGACGAAAAGUUCCAACCCAUGGACACGCUGGAAGAUCCUCAAGAUUCAGCACCAGGACGCGAGAACGGCAGGAGAAAAGAUUACGGGGACGAGGAAAAGAGGGUGACGUGGUGCCAUCGCAUGAAGACGACGCGAGACCACGCCGAGAUCCCAGAGCUCAUCGAAGUCCUGGGCCUAGACGUUUCCCAGAGCGCUGGCCGCAACUCGGUAACGUCUGCCCGGAAGGGCAAGGGCCAGAGCAUGGCUCAGGAGAUCCGGAAACUGAGCGCUGAAAGGGCUCGGACGCCUGAGACAUGAAUGUAUACGACAUGACAGAUCUGCUUGUGGUUUUGGGAUUGCUGGUUUGACACAGCGCUGGAGUAGGGAUUCAUGGUGUUCUUUUUUUCUUUCCUUUGUUUUGCAUAGCUCAGUCGUGUUACAAAAUGUUCUUGAUGCUCAUGACACAUAGCUUAGAUAUAGUAUUUAGAAGUGAUAUCCAUUGACAUUGGUCAACAGAACAUAUAAACCAAGCUACUUCUAUCUUACUCAUUCGCCCUACUCGUGCACCCAGCUGCCGUCUUCCCGACUCUGGAUGACUUCGUCUACUUUAAGUCUAUACUUGAUAAUCUCAUCCCCGUUUACCAAGUCAUUCUCCACAGCCCUUCGGUCCCCUUCCUCGAGGUCCUUUACAAUACCUGCUCUCACAUGCCUCUCCCUCAAUCUCCUCCUCGCAACCUCAUAGUCGACUUCGACGAACCAUAGCUCAUCUAGUAGCCCCGCCGCAUCGCGCCACACAUCCUGAUCCAGGGCGAGAUAGUUGCCCUCCAGCACGACGAUGCGGUGCUCCGGCCUGACCUCAAUGUCAUCGUCUCGCGGAUCUUUGAGAGCAUGAUCAAAUGAUGGUGCGAGGACAGGUUCCGACGGGAUCGGAGUCGCAGACAGAGCUUGAACAAGGGCCAAGAAUUUGGGAGCGUCAAAGGUGAAGGCUGCCCCGCGGCGGAAGUGGGCCGUAGCUGGGUCGGGCAUGGCUGAGAGGGCAGCGCGGGUGAGGUGGAAGCCGUCCAUGGGGACAAAAGUUGCGGGAGGAGGAGACGAGGGGUCCGCGCGGGCAUUGAGGCGUGCAGUGAUGAUCUGGGACAAGGUUGUCUUGCCGGAACCUGGGAUGCCAGCGACGCCGAUUAAUAGCCUCUUAUCCUUGGGCGUCUCCUCAAACUUCUUCCACGCCUUUUCAACGAGUCUUUCAACUUGAGUAUUCAUG